AUGUUUCCUCAAGUGUAUCCGCCAAGACCAAAUAUUUCCCCUGCCUUGUUGCUUUAUAACUGUUUUGACGAUGAUGGGUCCAUCUUCAGUUUUGUAGAUCCAAUGCAUAACGAGAAGUACUCCAUGAAAAAGGAUCUUAGUUCUGAACAUUUGCUUCUGGCGGGUGCUACAAUCCGUUUCUCUAAGUAUGGCUGGCUCUUACUAAUUUCGAAAGACAUGAAAACUCCAUUCUUCUACAAUCCCUUGACGAAGGUGAUCAUCCGGCUUCCUAAUUUUCCAGAUGUAGGCCACAUGUUAUACUUAAGUGGCAUGUCAUUCUCGUCUUCACCUACUAGUCCAGAUUGUGCAGUUUUUGCAAUCCAACCUAUGAAACGCAACGCAAUCUCAAUCUAUGCAAUUAAAAGAGGAAGUUGUGCAUAUUGGAGGUAUCGUGUACUUCGAAACUUAGAUGGCUCUUUUGUGCCAUGUUUCAACAAUCCUGUUUUCUUCCGCAUGGAGUUCUUCUGCUUAGAUUAUUCGGGAACAUUAGGACGGUGUGUUAUAGAUGAUGAAGACAGCAACAACGGACUGCAUUGGGGAGUUUCCAGUAAGCCUUUAAAACAGUUUAACGAUGCAUUUCCAAGUUACUUGGUAGAGUGUGACGGGAAUCUUUUACUAGUGAAUGUUGGGCCUGUCGGAGAAACGGUCGGGGUAUUUAAUUUAGACUGGACCAAUAAGGUUUGGGCUAAAAUUGAAAGUUUGGGAAGACAUAUGUUGUUCAUCAGUAAUACCUCUAGCUUCUCGGCAAUUGCUCCCCCAAAUAGUCAAAUGGAGAACAAAGUCUACUUUCCUAGAUUACAUAAAGAUGGGAGAGGCUUAUUAUUUUAUUCUCUUGACACAGGUAUGUAUAACUACUCUAUCAAUGAGAUUCAUGCACAACAAAAGAGUAUUGAUGAUCCUGCUGCUCCUGCAUCUGCUACCAACUUCUACGAUACAAAGGAGAUGUGCAACUGCACUUGGAUUGAACCCGACUGGUCACAAGGAAAUUCACCUACAGAUGAUCCAGAUCACCUUUGGUUGGCUUAG